GCUGUGGGCGCAGUGAUUGUCCGCUGUGUGUGUGUGUGUGCGCUGCUGCCGCCGCCAUGUUGUCUCACUGCAGCUGCACCAACGCCGCCGCCUCCGCCGCCGCCAUGAGGGAGAAGCGCUGCCGCCGCCGUCACCGAGUCUGACUCCGACGCAAACCUCCACCACCUUCCCCAUCUCCAUCACCUCCUCCCCCCACCCCCACCCCCACCCACCCUCCUCUCUCAGGCGAGGGGACAGCAGCGCCGAGCCAUGGAGGCCGUCAAAGCCUUUAAUAACGAGUUGUACUCCUUAAAUGAGUAUAAACCACCUAUCUCCAGGGCUAAAAUGAACCAGGUGACCAAGUCUGCUAUCAAGUCGAUUAAGUUCUACAAACAUGUGGUACAGAGUGUGGAAAAGUUUAUUCAAAGGUGUAAACCAGAAUACAAAGUCCCAGGGCUGUAUGUUAUCGACUCAAUUGUGCGCCAAUCUCGUCAUCAGUUUGGUCCAGAAAAGGAUGUGUUUGCUCCCAGAUUUUGCAAGAACAUCAAUACAACUUUCCAGAACUUAUACAAAUGUCCUGCUGAUGACAAGAGCAAGGUGGUACGGGUACUGAACCUGUGGCAGAAGAAUGGUGUGUUCAAAAGUGAGGUCAUACAGCCACUUCUGGAUCUGGCAGCAGGGAUUCCACCGCCCUCUGUUACCCCUGCUGCUGCCAGUACUGCAGCAACUGUGAGCAGCAACACACCAGGAACUCCAGCUACACCUGCUACUCCAGCUAAUGUGCAGAAUUUACCUGAUGCAUGGGCCUCCAUCUCCCAGCUUUCUAGCUCUGACACAAUUGCUGCUGUUGCACAGCUUCUUCAGAGUCCCCAAGGCCAACAGCUCCAGCAGUUGGUACAGAAUCUUCAGAUGCAGCAGCAAAAACCUCAGCCAUCUCUACUUCAGGCUCUUGAUGCUGGGCUUGUCGUCCAACUCCAGGCCCUGACAGCACAGCUGACAGCAGCAGCAACAGCAAAUACACUCAACCCAUUGGAACCUAGGCUCAAUUUUAAUAAGAAACUCCUAGAUAGAUUUGAAUAUGAUGAAGAGCUUGAUCGCUCAGAUGAAACUAAGAAAGAAACGUCUACUACAUCCCAGCUACCUCUUGUGACUGAGACCAUGAACACGUCACUUUUUCAGCAGCUGGCUGAGCAGUUCCAGCAACAAAACUUUGAGCAGCUUCGGCAACAGUUAAUGGAACAGCAGACCCAGCAGAAUACAACAUUGGAUAGUCAAGAGGUAACUUUUGGAUCUGAACCGUCAGUCACCCCUUCCCAAGGCAGCACUCAACAACAACAAGAGCAGGAAAUAAAAGUGGAGGAUCCACUUGAGGAACAGCAGCAGGAUAUGGAUAUUGAUGCACCUGAUGGUCAGGACCUUAUUGAAGAAGAAAUAUUUCAGCAGGAAGAAAAGAAAAUUUUAGUGCGUUCAAGAUCGAGGACACGCUCAAGGUCCCGUUCAAGGUCACCACGAAAGAAAAGGUCCAGAUCUCGGUCAGGCUCUCGCAAACGUAAGCAUCGGAAACGUUCGCGGUCACGGUCAAAAGAGAGGAAAAGAAAGUCCUCGCGAUCAUAUUCCAGUGAAAGAAGAGCAAGGGAACGUGAAAAAGAACGUCAGAAAAAGGGCCUUCCACCUGUCCGGUCCAAGACUCUUAGCGUAUGCAGUACCACGCUAUGGGUUGGUCAAGUGGACAAAAAAGCAACACAACAGGAUAUAACAAACCUUUUUGAGGAAUUUGGUCAGAUUGAGUCAAUAAAUAUGAUACCUCCUCGAGGAUGUGCGUAUGUUUGCAUGGUUCAUCGGCAAGAUGCUUUUCGUGCUCUUCAAAAAUUAAGCACCGGAUCCUUUAAAAUGGGAUCCAAAAUUAUUAAGAUUGCAUGGGCUUUAAACAAAGGUGUGAAACCUGAAUAUAAACAAUUCUGGGACGUCGACCUUGGAGUCACAUAUAUUCCGUGGGAGAAAUUGAAAUUAGAUGAUUUAGAAGGCUUCUCUGAAGGAGGCAUGAUUGACCAAGAAACCGUUAAUAAUGAGUGGGAAUCUAGGAAUGCUGAGCCAGUAAAGGAGACUGUGCCCCAAACCGUCACUACUGAUAAUACUCCGCCUACUUCUGAGGGAGAGACAUUCACUCAACCCGUCACAUUGCCACCUGUUCAACAGAAGCAGCAAAUGGAUGAUAUUAAGUUUAUUCCACAACUUCAAGAAGAGGGUCCCAUGCCUGAAUUAUUAUUACGUGACCUUUGUUGGUCGGGCAAAACGGAUAAUCGGAUUCCAGUGACUCCAACUGUCUCAGCGAUUGGAAUGGUGCAGCCACCAGCCUUUCCUGUGUCAAUGUCCAUACCUCCACCAGGCUUCAACCCUGCUAUUCCGCCACCUCCAUUCUUAAGGCACAGUUUCAAUCCUUCACAUCCUCCUCCAGGGUAUCUACCACCGCCUCCCGUUGUCCCACAUCCAGUUGUUGGACCGUCAAUUCCUCCAGUACAGACCUCUCUAGUUUGUCCGCCUCUCUCAGACACCCAAGACAGUGCAAAGGAUUCCUCAUUUGGAAACCUCCUUUCGCAAAUAGCCUCUGGUCACAGCAAUCUCCCAACUCCUAAUAUUCCACCAGGAGGUUUGUUUAAUCCAGUUGGUGCACAGCCUCUCCCAACUGGUGCAAGUAGAUCAAAGGACCUGGGCACAUCACGCACAGGCAACCAGACAUCAACAGCAGAUACGACAUCUACAUCUGGACCAGGAACUCAAAGUGCAGGAUCGAGUGGGUCUGUCUUGGGAAUGCAGCCUUCAACGCCUGCGCCAGGGCCACCAAGUUUACCUCCACCAAGUAUGACUGGAUCAAGACUGACCGGAGUGCUCUCGAUGGAUGUCCGUCCUGGAAUGAUGCCACCCUCAUCAGGGCAACGGUUUCCAUUGCUGAUGCCACCACAGCCAAACAUGCCCCCUUCAGUAGCAAUUGAUGGAUCUCAUCAACCAGGAUCCAGAGCUCCUUUUCCACCAGGAAAUACUUUCAAUAGGCUUGAAGGUACAUUCACAAGAUCUGGGGUCCCUAAUGUUGAGAGCAGCAGAAAUGUGAGCCAAGGUACAGGAGAUGAAAGACGAUCUGCUGGAAACGAUAACACUUUUCAACGAGACAAUGUGCAGCAGGAAGGUGAUCGAGAUUACCGCUUCCCACCAGUAGAUAAUAGAGACAAUCUUGGCAGACGUGAGCAGUUUGGAUUUGGGCCUGACCAAAGAUGGGGCUCGAGAGAUUUUGAUGAGCGUCGAGGUGUGCCCUUUGGGGCCCCUAAAAGUUUUCAUGAUGAUCAUGAAAGAUUUGGCGGAAGAAAUUUCAGGUUUGAUGGCAGAACUGGCCCGAUGUGGAGCCGAGGUUUUGACCAGGAAACUCACCGAGAUUUUGAUGAUCGAAGCAGGCCUUGGGAACGUCAGAGAGAUCGUGAUGACCGUGAUUUUGGGUUUCGCCGAGAUGUAAAUGGCAGCCGUUUUGGGAGAGACAGAGAGCAAGAUCAUUGGGUUCCUCCACGGCAUAGGUUUGACUUUUAUCAAGGGACCACUGAUCAUGAAAAAUCUGAUGAUAGGCCUCGUGUAAAUGGUGAUUUCUCAGAAACAGACAGCCAGCCGCCAAACAAGGAGCUUGCAAACAAUGACCCAGAAGUGUCUGUGAGUCUUGCAUCUUCAUCAGAUGAAAGCGAGAAGGAUGACUUAGAAAAUCAACCUGUAACAGAAAAUACAGAUACCGAGGGGACAUAAUGUCGCAUACAAUGGCAGCAUUUUGUAUAGGUGGUCAUCUCUGCAGUGGACAAAAUGGGUGACUGGAACUUGAAAAAAAAGUCACUGUUGUCUGCAAGACAGAAUUUAAUCCGAUGUACAUCUUUCACUCUAAUAACUGAAGUUAAUGUGUACAACUGACCUGUACAGACUGUUGUUCUUUAGUUGAACACGGUAGGUAAUGACAUUUUUUUUUUCACGCUUAGAGGCCAGAACUCCCAUAUUUCUUCUAACUUGAGAAAGAUUAUAAUAGCUUGCCAUAAAAAAAAAUUUAAUUGACCUUCCUAUGGAAGAAAGGUAAACUUGUAGCUGUUACAGCUGGGAUGGAAUAUUGGUGGUAACAGUAAUACUUGAAAAAUGGGCAUAAUCUGCAUUUUUCCAUCCUCUGAAGCUGCUACAAUAUUUAAAUUUAAUGCUUUGAAAAUGAGUUUUUGUUUUAGAUUUUAUCCUGUUGACAGCAAGCGCCUAGCCCUUUCAAAGAGAGCAGUGCAGUACUGAGGUGUAGAAGAAAAUUGUAAUACUUUCUGUUUUGUAAAAAAAACACGUUUUAAAGUCCUCUUAUAGUCUGGUCUCUGUUAAUCCCUAAAAUAAAUGUUUGUGAUUUGUCCCUCGUACUGCAGUGAGUAACGGCUGGAAAAAAAUCAUUUGAAUGUUGGGUGCAUUCUGUUUUUAGAUGCUAAUAAAACGUUUGUUUGAUAAUGUUGUGAUCUUCAGUUUAUCUGUUUUCUUUGAGAAGGGAAGUUUCCAUCAAAAAUGCAUUCAAGAUUUGAUUUAGCAUCUGGAGAUGCAGGAAAAAAUCUGAAUAGAAAUCGAGACAGGUGUUCAUAGCAACUUUGUAUUGUAAGACCUAUAAUUUGUUAGAAUUUCCUUUUUCAUUGCCAAUCCUAUUUUUCUUUUGUGCAUCUUCCAAGAACAUUGGACACACUCGCCCCCAGACUUGUCCAAUACCUCUAUCCCAUUGCAUGACCAUCCAGCAGAGAUGGAUAAUGUCAUAUUUCCUUGAGAAGGAAUGUCUGUAAUAAAACACUCCAUCUAGUGGUUUAUUUGACAACAGAGUCAAAUGAGCUUGAACAAAGCAGAUGCUUAGCUUGAAUUGUGGAAUCUCUUGAUACCUUUGAGACAUUUAGAAAAGAUUGGUAAAAUAAAUUGGCUGGUUAGAACGAACAUGUUUCACAGUUGAUUGUAAAACAUGUAAUGGUUAUUUUCUGAGAAAGCUAAUGCCAGUGCAAUGGCACAGCAAGAAUCUUCAUGAAAUGUAGUCAAACCUAUUUCUGACUCCACUGUCAAUAGUUUUGUAGCACAUUAGACGGUAAUGUCUGGCCCUCCCAAUUUAUAGAUGCUUGUGCACAUUGAUAGCAUGUGCCAGAUUCACCUUGUGUAGUAUUUACAGCAAUUCCGUUUUUUUUGGAAGUCUGGGAUUUCUAGUUUAACAAUGCAUUGAAUUUUGAUUAGAGCAGAUUGGCAGCUUUUUGUUAACAUUUCUGCAGUAAUAACUUCCAAUUAAUAGUUAGUGUUUGAAGAUUUAAUUCUGCUGCUAAUCAUUUUGUAGCUUGUUUUGUGUUAUGUUAUUUUACGAUGAGUAAACACCACUGUCACAUGCCUAAAUCUAUAUUUCAAGGGAGAUAAAGAGUAUCAUGCCCUCUUUAGAAUUUUGACCAGAUAGAAAUGCAUGUAGAAUUCAGCACUGCGGUUACAUUUUUUGUGAAAUGUAUUUGGAGAGUGGUUAAUGAAACGUUUUUUCUGUGCUUGGCAAAAGUAAUAAAGCAAUUGUUAACCAAA